AUGUCCACCUCCUCGCACGACAAGAAGGACUCGCUGCGCACGGCGUCGCACGACGCCCACGCGCCCGCGCCGCUGCUCACCGCCGGCGCCGUCGAGCCGACGCCGGCGGUGGCGGCCGCCGUCGAUGCCGACCAGGCGCGCCAGCUCGCGCUCCUCGCACACCUCUCGCCCGACGAGCGCCGCGCCGCCGAGAAGGCCCUCGUGCGCCGUGUCGACCUGCGCCUCAUGCCGCUGCUCAUCCUUGCCUACAUCACCAACUACCUCGACCGUAAUGCCAUGGCUAGCGCGCGCCUCGGCGGCAUGCAGACGGACCUCAACCUCGAUAAUGCGCAGUGGGCCACUGGAAUCAGCAUUCUCUUCGUCGGCUACAUCCUGCUGCAGAUUCCCUCGUCGAACCUCAUGCUCUGGCUCGGCCGCCCGCGCCUCUACAUGGGCCUCGCCAUCAUCGUGUGGGGCGGCAUCAGCACCGCCACUGCCGCCGCCGACAGCUACUCGCACCUGCUCGUCAUCCGCAUCUUCCUCGGUGUCGUCGAGGCCGCCUUCUUCCCCGGAGCCCUGCUCAUCCUCUCCAAGUGGUACACAAAGACGGAGCUCUCAACACGCACGGCUAUCCUGUACUCUGGCUCGAUCAUCAGCAAUGCCCUGGCUGGCCUCAUCGCGGCUGGCAUCCUCGGUGGCAUGGACAACGUCGGCGGCAUCGCCGGUUGGAAGUGGCUCUUCAUCCUGGAGGGUGUCGCGACGAUCCUCAUUGGCGUGCUCUGCCUCGUCUUCCUGCCCGAGUUCCCGCACAACUCGCCGUUCCUCAGCGAGACGGAGACGGCCAUCGCCGUGCAGCGCAUCGCCGAGGACAGCGGCCGCCGCGACAUUGCCGGCGAGGACGGCGAGACGCCGCUCUCGGGCUUCUACGCCGCGAUGAAGGAUCCCGUCGUGCACCUCCUCGCCGUGUGCCUCACCUUCUGCGUGCUCUCCGUCAGCUUCAACGCCUUCUUCCCCUCCAUCGUCGGCACACUCGGCUAUUCGCGCAUCGUAACCCUCUUGUGUACGGCACCAAUCUGGGCGUUUGCGUGGCUUGUUGUCUUCUUCAACGCUCGCCACGCGGACAAGACGGGCGAGCGCUUCCUGCACAUCUCGAUUCCCAUGCUUGUGGGCAUCGCGGGCUUCAUCAUUGCGUCGGUGACGACGAAUCUGGGCGCGCGCUUCUUCGCCCUCUUCAUCAUGGCCUCGUCAUACGGCGGCUUCGUCGUGAUCCUGCCGUGGAUCAGCAACAGCGUGCCGCAUCCGCCGUACAAGCGCGCCACGGCGAUUGCCUACGUCAACUGCAUCUCGCAGGUGGGCAACAUCGCCGGCAGCUACGUCUGGGACUCGCGCUGGGCCCCGUCGUACUGGCAGAGCAACACGAUCUGCGCAUCCUCCGCCCUCGUCAGCAUCGCGACGGCGCUCGUGCUGCGGCAGGUGCUGCAGCGCCGCAACCGCGCAUUGGCACAGCUGCAGGGCCUCGAGCACGGCGCUGCCGAGGACGGCAAGCACGGCGAGAAGCUGAAGCUGGCGCAGGCGAACUUCCGCUACCUCGUGUAAAAGCGCUGCACUGCACUGCGCACUGCGCACUGCUUCCGAACGACCUGUCACGCUGCAAUGUAACGUCUGAGAUGUGUU